CUCUGCUCCCCAAGCUCUCAUUCCUCCUCGUCUCUCUCUGCUCUGCUCUGCAAUGGUUGCUCCGCUUGCUGUCCCUGCUGCUGGGAGUACUGAAUUACUGAUGCAGCCUUUCCUUUGAGCAUUCAAUACACCCAGAACUGCAAGAGGGAUCAAAGCGCAUUCAAUACUCCUUGGCGGAAACGCUCGCACUGGAACCCUGAGCCGAAAGGGGACAAGGGAAAGAAAGAGAAGAGGCGACGCCAUUGGUGCUCCUGGGUAGCUCCGAGCGCCGCCAUUUCCUCCUUCCUUGGAGCUGCUGAUUUCUAAGAGGGGCUCUUUUAUCGUCCUUGGCGAUGAGGGGGCAUGGGUGGCAGCUGCCUUACCAUCCUCUCCAGGUGGUGGCGAUUGCGGUCUUCUUGGCUCUGGGUUUCGCCUUCUAUGUUUUCUUUGUGCCGUUUGUUGGGGGAGAAGUGGCGCAGUAUGUGGUCAUGGGCCUCUACACACCACUGAUAACAUGUGUUGUCAUGUUAUAUUUAUGGUGUGCUGCAACAGAUCCUGGUGAUCCAGGCAUUUUUAAAUCAAAAAGACACCCAAAAACUAGAAAUGGAAAACAAACGCAAGCAAAUUCAGAUCAUGAACCAUACCCAGAAGGGAAGUCACUGAGUGAUGGUUGCAGUACUCUUAAUAACAGUGAGAAGUUAAGCAAUGUUUUCGAAGGAAAGGAUUCAUCUUCUCACCCUGCAUUUGCCGGAGUUCUUUGCUUGAUAUGCACCCCAUUUUCUUGCUUAUGCAAAAGAUGCUUCCACUCAUAUGAUCAAUCCUCAGAACAGCAUGGGAGUGAGGAAGGCAUGUUUUUCUGCAGCUUAUGUGAAGCAGAGGUCUUGCAGCACAGUAAGCAUUGCAGAGUUUGUGAUAAAUGUGUAGAUGGCUUUGAUCACCACUGUAGAUGGCUCAACAACUGCAUAGGGAAAAGAAACUACAGAAGAUUCUUUAUUCUAAUGACUUCAGCUGUUCUCUUGCUUAUAAUGCAGUGGCUGGUGGGUGUUCUUGUGUUGAUUCUUUGCUUUAUGAGGCGAGGGGAGUUUUCUGGGCAGAUCGUCUCAAAGCUUGGAAGCAGCUUCUCGACUGCGGCUUUUGUAGUUGUUGUGGUGACAUGUACGUUACUAGCAAUGAUUGCAACAAUACCACUCUCACAACUUCUGUGCUUCCACAUUCUUCUUAUCAAGAAAGGAAUCAGUACAUACGAUUACAUUGUAGCUUUGAGAGAGCAAGAACAGCAAGAGAAUGCUGAGCACCAAAGCCCGCAGAUGUCCAUCAUUAGCUCUGUCACGGGAUUUAGCACAACUAGCUCUAUUGGUCCGCUUCAUCGUGGGUCAUGGUGUACUCCACCAAGACUAUUCCUUGAAGAUCAGUAUGUCUCUCAUCCGGACAUGCCACAGAAUUGCGCAGGCAAGAAGACAAAGGAAGAUGAAGGAACCAAAAGAAAACCUCCCGGACAUGUAAAAAUCAGUCCCUGGACACUGGCCCGCCUUAACGCGGAGGAAGUCUCAAAGGCAGCUGCAGAGGCAAAAAGGAAAUCCAAAGUUCUUCAGCCAAUCACAAGACGGGAGGUUCUUAAGCCUGACAAGAGGAAACCUGACAGAAGAGGACGUUUUCUACAUGAACAAUCUCCUGAUCCCCUUGCAAGGACAUCUGCCAGUGGAACUGACAGCAACUUCAGCGGCAUGGCCAUGGAAACACCGGACAGUUUAGCCCCAUUGCAGCAAGAAGCAAGGAGCGUCUUCCAACCCAGCGCUGUGUCGUCCAUCAGAAACCUUGCUUCAUCACCCGAGAGUAGCCUGGACUCACCCGAUCUCCAUCCCUUCCGUGUCUCUAUGUCGGGAGCUGACGAACUUCGAAGCUUUAUGUCACUUGCAGCUUCGGAGUCCACUGCUCAGAAGAGCGUCGUGCUUUCCAGGUCGACAAGUGGCGGGUAUGAGGCAUCGGGAGGCGAGGACAGCGACCGCAUCCCCUCGAGGAUCGUGCACCGGUCGUCCAACUGGGCCAAUGUCAUUCUGAAUUCUGGUCGGCGGGAAAUGGCGUCCCAUCUGAGCAUGCCCACAUCUGGAGGGUUUGUUUCUAACACUAGGCAGACCUAGCUGAAGAUAUGCUCUAUUGCUAGUCGUGCAUGCCUAAACGGUAAAUGGCAUGAGCACUUUGUGACCUGUUACUCGUUUAUGUGAUGUGAUCUUGCAUUGGUUAGGAGCAGUACUGGAAAGGCAUUUCCUAGUUUUGGGUUUAAGACUUGUUUAUAACGCCAUUCCAUUCUUCUUCACCUAUGCUACAAAUACUCCAAGUUGACUGUGUACCAUGGUUUUGUGUAGCUCAUGUGGUAUACACUGUAACUUCAUCCAAAUUUACUCCACAUAGCUAGGUUUGCU